UAUAUAUAUAUAUAUAUAUAUAUAUAUAUAUGGAGAUGCAACAUGUAUUAUCCUUAUAUACAUCAGAACGUAUCUGGCGCAACUAGAUAACGGUAAAAAAGUGUAGAACAUGGCAUGGCAUUGCAGUGGAAGUACAAACCAUGAAAUGGUAACCAAAUUAAAAGAAGCAGGUAUUCUAACAACAGACAGAGCAGAAGCUGCGAUGCUUGCUGUAGAUAGAGGGAACUAUUAUCAUGAAUCAAAUCCAUAUCUUGAUCAACCAAGAAAAAUUGGUUACAAUGUUACUAUUAGUGCUCCUCACAUGCAUGCAUAUGCCUUGUCUAUUCUAUCUGACCAAUUGUUCGAUGGAGCAAAAGCAUUGGAUGUUGGUUCUGGAUCUGGUUACCUGACUGCAUGUAUGGCAUUCAUGGUCGGUUCACGUGGUCGUGUAAUCGGAAUCGAUCAUAUUCCAGAAUUAAUAGAAAUUUCUACGAAAAACGUAAGCGAAGAUUGUCCUCAUUUCAUCCAGGAAGAACGCGUUAAAUUUGUAGUGGGAGACGGCCGAUUGGGAUAUGCUGCUGACUGCCCUUACAAUGCGAUUCACGUUGGAGCGGCAGCGGAAACUCUACCACAACAGUUAAUAGAUCAACUGACUCCUGGUGGACGGCUAAUUUGUCCAGUUGUUGCUAUAGAAGGUUUUCAAAGGUUUCAAGAUCUGGUACAAGUGGAUAAAAAUAUAGAUGGUACAAUCACAAAGAAAAAAUUAAUGCAAGUUUCUUAUAUUCCUCUUACUGAUCCUGCAACUCAGUUAUUAAAUGAUUAAUAUUAUAAUUAUAAAUAUUUAGAAAUUGUUUAGACAGCUUUCAGUAUUAAGACAAUAUUAUCAUUGACGAUAACAAUUAUGGCGUGAUAAUGAUGAGUUUGUCAAUGAAAUGUUAACAUUUAAAUAAAUAUAAUAUACUUUUUUUCUUAUGUAUUAAAGCAUA